GAACUAAAAAUUCUUCGAAUUUUCGAAAACAUUGUGAAUCUUACAAGAAAAAGUUUUUAAUUAUUUUAUGUGAUAUCUUACAUUGUUACAACAGGAUUCAGAAUUUACAAUAUUCUACUGGACCGGAAGUGACAGGAAAUGGCUUUGCUGGGUGCCCAGCUUGUAAUUACAUUGAUUUUCGUGAGUCUGAUUCAGAAGCUAAGUCCUCAUUUUUCACUGGCAAAGUGGAUUUUAUGCUCGACUGGCCUUUUAAGGUAUUUACAUCCAACUGAUGAUGAACUUAGGCAAUUAGCAGGAGUACCAAAAGAGAAAAGCGGGAGAGGAAAAGACAAAAGAAAUGGUUAUACUCAUACAGAGAAGUCAUCAAGUUUCCACAUACCAAGAUGCCUUGAUAUUCAAUUGGAAACCACAAAAAUAACUCACUACGAUGUGCUACAUCUCAGAUAUUUCACAGAAUAUCAAUGGUUGAUUGAUUUCAGCCUUUAUGCCGCGAUUGUUUAUUGCAUAUCGGAGACUUAUCAUUUCUUCGUGCCCAUCAAAGACGAAGUUAAUUUGAGUAUGCUGUGGUGUCUGUUAGUGAUAUUCUUCGCUUUCAAAUUGCUAGCAUCGCUCACUAUUCAAUAUUUCAAAAGUGACGAAUCAAUCGGUGAGAGGUCAACAUGCAUCGUCACUGGAUUUAUUUACUUGCUUAUAGCUAUGAUUGCUGUCAUCCUUCCUGAAAGAAUUCUUGAGGUUGGGUUGAAUACAGCUUAUGAUAAAUUUAAUGAAGGUGCUGGAAAGUUUCUCGCUGAACAAGGCGUGUCUAAUAGUGGACCAGCCUCAAAAAUUGUUUUGUUAUUCUUCAUUGCUGUUUGUUGCGGUAUUAUAGGUGCCAUUUUUACUUUUCCCGGCCUUCGCAUGGCAAAAAUGCAUUUCGAUUCACUUAAAUAUUGCAAAGAUAGAAAACUUUUAAAAAUCAUUCUCAACAUAAACUUCGCUAUGCCAUUCUUGCUUGUUCUUUUAUGGGUGAAGCCAGUCAGUCGUGAUUAUUUAACAACGCGAAUCUUCUCGGGAAUGGAGAAGCCUUUGAUGGAGUCGGAAAUGUUUGAAGCAAUGCGACUUUAUGCAAUAAUUUUCGCUGUGAUUCUACGAAUCUGUUUAAUGCCAAUUUAUCUUCAAGCGUAUUUAAAUCUUGCUUUCGAUCGUGUUGAAGAUCAGAAGAAAGAAGCUGGAAGAAUAACCAACACAGAAUUUCAGAGGAAAAUCACAUCAAUUUUCUAUUAUCUUUGUGUUGUGACGCUUCAGUAUGCAGCGCCUAUUCUCAUGUGUCUUUUCUUGUCAUUUAUGUAUAAGACUCUUGGUGGUUAUUCGUGGUCAUGGAAAACAAAUAUUCUAGUUGCUGAAGAAUGUUCAGCUGACUUAGAUGAUUUAAUACCAGCAACAACGACUGAAACUCCACAGGUUACCGAGCCAAUAGAACCAAGUAUCGUUCAAGUUGCCGAAAGCUUUCAUUUAUCUCUUCAGAAUCUAAAAUCAGUUUUCACUGAAGAAGUUUAUCGUGGUGUGCUUGGAUUUGCUACUUGGUGGACCGUUUUUGUUUGGUUUGCAUCAUCAUCUUUAGGAAUGUUUUACCAAACAUAUUUCACUAAUAAAACGUAGUUUUUUUCCUAUCAAGAAAGAUACCAAAAUGUGAGUAAAUAAUAAAAAAUAUUGAUGAAUUUUUAUUUGCGUUUGUAGAAGAAAAAAAUAAAAGUAAAAAUUGAUUAAAGAAUUUAAAAUGAUUUGGUUUGACUUGAUAUUUAUUUAUUUU